CGCCCGCGCUCCCGUACGACCUUGUUUUUGUUGAUGUCUAAUUUGAGUGCGGCUGCGCGCUGCUCAAUGCUUUCGCCGUUGCUGACGCGAGCUGGCAGUAGAAAGGGGAUUGUGAGUCUCUGGGAAACAUCUUCUACUGACUCAACCGGAUCCGGAGCGACAUUGUUCGAGGACGACAGGAUCGAUCAUUUUAGCCAGCGACGAACCCACAUAUCCCGUAUGUGAUCGCCCUCACCUCGUCGACGGACGCUGCCAGCGAGGGCCAAGGAACAUAAAUAGCAUAUCGCCAUUAUAUGACCCAGUGUCCAGCGUCACUUUUACCCUCCAUGUGGGUGAGGGAGCUGUGUGUGUCGGAUUAUGGCGAGAAAAACAGUUAGCAGGAAAAGGAAGGCAGGAGAGCCCAAGGACCAACAACAGCUGGGUUGGUGUCAGGCGCCACACAAGCGGAGCCGUGUUUCUUGUUCGUCACGUCAUGCCCAGCAGUGGUGGUGCAGUCGGCACUCAGUGGUUUGUGCCCUCCGUGGUCGGGAGUUCAGACCUCAGCAGCAGCAUGAGUUGCGUUUCCAGCGGAGCCUACGGGGCUUUGCAGCGGGCCGACUCCCAGGCAUCCUCAAGGAGAGGGAGUUCUCUCUGGGCCGACUCAACAAGGUGUUUGCUUCACAGUGGCUCAACCACCGGCAGGUGGUGUGUGGGACCAAGUGCAACACGCUUUUUGUAGCAGAUGUCCUGACAGGGCAGAUAACACGCAUUCCCAUGCUGAAGGACAGGGAGUGUCAUGGUGGUGGCUCAGCAGCUGUGGGUGCGGUGGUGGCGGGGCGGCAUUACUACCCCACCGGAGGCUCUCGCUCACGCAUGGACCAGCAGGGCUGUGGAAUCCAUGCUAUUGAACUCAACCCCUCGAAAACGCUGCUCGCCACAGGAGGUGACAACCCCAACAGCUUGGCCAUCUACCAGCUGCCCACACUGGAUCCUGUGUGUGUUGGAGAUGAUGGCCACAAUGACUGGAUCUUCUCUAUAGCAUGGAUCAGUGACAGCAUGGCGGUUUCUGGAACUGGGGGCUGUUUCUUUGGAUGGAUACUUCCACCUCUGGAAAGCUGAGCACAGCUUGUGCAAGAUACUGUCCACCAAGCUGCCUCACUGCAAAGAGAAUGUCUGUUUGGCAUAUGGACAGGACUGGUCGGUGUACGCUGUGGGUUCUCAGGCCCAUGUCUCUUUUCUGGACCCGCGGCAACCUACACACAACAUCAAGUCUGUCAAUUCCAGAGAAAGGGGAAGUGGAAUCCGUUCAGUGAGUUUCUAUGAACACAUCGUGACAGUCGGCACCGGCCAAGGUUCACUGCUCUUCUACGACAUCCGGGCUCAGAGAUUCCUGGAGAACUCUCUGAAUCCAGCAGGGGGGUACCGGAAGUGCCCAGGAGAUGGCAUCAUCAAGCUCACUACUGGCAAAGGCUGGCUGAAUCACGAUGAGACGUGGAGGAGCUACUUCUCAGACAUUCAUUCCUUCCCCAACGCGGUGUACACCCACUGCUACGACGACUCUGGCACCAAGCUGUUUGUGGCGGGUGGACCUCUCUGCUCUGGCCUGCACGGGAACUACGCAGGAUUGUGGAGUUAGCCCUCUUUCGUCUCCUCCACUGCCACUUCCCCCUCGUCCAGAUUUAUACUUUUACCAGUCCCUCCAAUCCUCUCCCUCUUCCAGUCUGCAGUGACAUGACUGUCCUUGUCCAUCCCGCUGACUGUCACUCUGUUUUGCUCACACAUGGACUCAGGAGCAUGAAUAUUGUGCUUGUGUGUGAAUGUUUCCUCCAUUAUUAUAUCCCUCCUCCUGCAGUUAUUCCUGUUCUUAUCCCUCCUCCACUUGGUUCAUUUGUAUUUCCAUAUAAAAAUGUAAAAACAUUUAACUAGUAAUUUUCAAGAGCUGCGGAGUCUGCCACUGAGGAGUAGUUUGGGAAAGCAUUAAGAUUAAAGUUAUACAUAUUCUCAUAAUUUAAAACGUAGACAACCAGCCCGUGCACAGGGAUUAGGCUAUGGCCUUCUUCUGUAUGUAAGGAAGCUGUUUACCGUUGCUUUGUCUGUGAUAAAUGACGGUGUCUUUGUGAAAUGUUCGUGGAGAUCUGUUUUGUUCUUUCACUGAAAAUUGAUGGCAAUAAGAGAGAGAGGCAGAGAGGACGGAGGACUGAAGAGACGAUUCAUUUUUAAGGACUGAACCUGAGUGCAGUUUGGCAGAGAAUAUUUACUGGUUGGAACAGGUCCUGUCCUGUCCCCCAACAAUCACUGAGAAACUUCUCUCUUCUCCUGUCUGAAGUCAAAUGAAGAAGCCAAUCAAAAUGGGACUUUGUGUUCAUAACUUUUCUCAUUGAGAUGAUGUAAAGGAGAAAUAUAAAGAUUGCUCAAAUGCUGUGUUGCUCUUAUGCUAUGACUUAAUCCCAUCAAUCCCAUGCUUAUUUUAUUUUUUUGUGUGAUUGACAGGCGUACCCCUGCUGAUAUCAUUAUUUGCUUUGUGUAUCUAUUUUCUCCUUCCUGUGUCACCUUUAUUCAAUUGGUCAGGGGUAUUUAUAUAAGCUUCUUUUGAAUGACAUGUCGUCUAUUUGCCCUCUGCUUGUAUUCCUGGUCUAUUUGACCAGAAUGCGUUCAGCAGAUUGGUCGACAGUGUUGGAAUCCUGACCUGUAACCAUUCUGUUAGUAGAGAAUUCACCCUAAGAUUUUAAGCUUUGGUAGCAAGUGUCAUCAGAUAUGAUGACUAAUAGAGGAGCCUUUAAUCACUGGAUUAAAUCCCUCUGUGGUUCUGGGCCUCCUCCACAGAAACUGGGGACAAGAUAACGUGGUAGCUCACCUUGUUCUUGUGAACCAAGCAAGAAGAACUAAUGAGAAUUGUUUGGACUGUACCGAGAAGUUGGAGGCUACAGGCACAUAUCUGUUUGUCGUCACAGUUCUAAAUGUUUCUCUUCUUCUUUUUGUAUCAAGGAGUGAGUAAUUCUGCUCUUUCCCUUGUUUGGUAGAGGCAGGGUAGACUCAAGUUCUGUUUGGGUUUUGUUUUGGCCUUCAAGUCUUUCUGUGAAAGACUGCCACAGGCAAUCAUCGUUUUCCUUUUCUACAUGGAACUUUCCAACGGUUUUCAUGAUAAUGACAGAAUCGAAAAGAGGAGCCCCCCGAUUAUGACCACGAAUUGAACAAAGAACCAACACUUUAAAAGUGUAUUUUAUAUAUAAAUGUGUAUAUGUAUGUGUAAAAUACAUGGGGACAAUUGCAUACAUUUGUAUGAAUAUGUCUGAGGAAGCGUGUGGAUUGAUGUCUAUUUGGUGAUGCCCUGUUUUUUUUUAUACACACCUCAUGAAUGUUUUUACAAAUGACUGAAUCUGAGGAUAUUGUAAGAUAAACAUCUGGAAAAAAACAAGCUAUUAAAUCUUUAAAAAGAGUAAAUAAUAAAAACGAAAUGUAUAUUAA